GUUAGUACUACUCACAAUCGCCAUGUCUUCUGGUAAAAUCGAAACUGAUGAUAUAAAGACGCCAGACAGUUCAUUUGUCCUCAUCAUCCAGAAUAAACAGGCAAACGGCUGAUUUAAUUUAAUAUCAUAUCAUUUCAUACAUACCUGAGAACACAUACAAAAAUAUUAGUAAUAUUAUAUAUAUAUACACACAGUAUACAUAUAUUAGAUGAUUAGACUUUAGAAUAUAUUAAUAGGCCUACUGAUUCAGACCCAAAAUAAGAUUAAUUAAGUGGAUAAUUUCAUCCAUCAUUCAAAAUCUCAGAUUUCAUCAGACAUCUCUCUCAACCCAAAUCUAUAACCCCAAAGCAUAUAUCAAAGCUGUAGCUUUCUUUUAUGACUGGUUUUCGGUGACUUUUCUUCUUAUCUUCUUCUUCCCCAAAAAACCCAUGUUCAGAGAGUAAAAAAAACCAAUAUCCAGAUAGCUUCACAGCUCAACAAAGUUACCUUUUUUAUUUAUUAAACUUUCUCUUUCAUGACUUUUUGUCGCCGUCCAAUUUGUUUUCUUGUGGGCAAAGUUUUCAGCUUUUAGGAUCACUAUUUUCAUCUUCUUCUUCUUCUUCUUCUUUUUUUUUUUUUGGUCCUUUAUUAGUUAAUUCCAUGUAAUCUGUUUUUGGUAUGUUCCUAUCUAGAAAUUCUCGCUCCCUGUUACCGUAAUAUUCGAUUAUAUUUUUCAAAUUCCCUUCAUUUUGAAGGCUGUUUUGGAAUUAGACCCCUACUGUAAAAGCACUCUGUUUUGGGUUUUGAUUCUCUUAAAACCCUAACAGUCAAUCUCAAAGUAUUGCGUUUUUUUAGGAGUUGUGAUAAAGGUUGGGGUUUAUGGGGUUUAUGGGGUUUUGGGGUUUGAGUUAUGGAGUGGUGGUUGCAGUAUUGGUGUUUAUGGUGGUGGGUUCAGUGAAUGGGAUUGGAGCAAACUGGGGAACACAAGAUACCCACCUUCUGCCUCCUGCAACUGUGGUGAAGCUUCUGAGGGACAAUGGGUUUCAGAAGGUUAAGCUAUUCGACGCCGAUUCGACCACUUUGAAUGCUCUUAGUAAUUCUGGAUUAGAGGUCAUGGUUGGGAUACCCAAUGACAUGCUAUACACACUAGCCAACAGUGUGGGUGCUGCUCAGAAAUGGGUGGAAAAGAAUGUUUCUGCUCAUGUCUCCUCUGUCAACAUAAGGUAUGUUGCCGUUGGGAACGAACCAUUUCUGUCAGCAUACAAUGGAACCUUCCUUACGACAACUUUUCCUGCUCUUCAAAAUAUUCAGUCAGCCCUUGUAAAGGCUGGUCUGGGCAAUCAGGUGAAAGUCACUGUACCCCUCAAUGCUGAUGUAUAUCAGAGUUCAACAAUCCUUCCUUCUACUGGCGACUUCCGACCAGAUAUUCAUGACCUCAUGGUGGAGAUUGUUAAGUUCUUGAGUGAUAAUGGAGCUCCUUUCACUGUGAACAUAUAUCCUUUCAUAAGCCUAUACAAUGACCCCAGCUUUCCUGUUGACUUUGCCUUCUUUGAUGGCUAUUCGCCAGGCAUCAAUGACAAUGGAAGAAUCUAUGACAAUGUGUUUGAUGCAAACUACGAUACGCUUGUGUGGGCCUUGCAAACUAAUGGAUAUGGAAACUUGUCCAUAAUUGUUGGAGAAAUUGGAUGGCCUACUGAUGGAGAUCAAAAUGCGAAUCCGGUUUAUGCUCAAAGGUUCAACCAAGGCUUCAUGUCACACAUUUCGUCUGGUAAAGGGACCCCAAUGAGACCUGGCCAAGUCGAUGCCUACUUAUUUAGCCUCAUUGAUGAGGAUGCCAAGAGCAUUCAACCAGGAAACUUUGAACGCCACUGGGGGAUAUUUGGCUACGAUGGGCAGCCCAAAUACAAUCUCAGCCUAGGGACAACAAACUCGGGAGGUAUGGUAGCAGCAAGCAACGUUGCUUAUCUGGCCCAAAAAUGGUGUGUGAUGUUGCCAUCAGCAAGCCUGGAUGACCCACAAGUGGCCCUCAGUGUGAGCUAUGCUUGCGCCAAUGCUGACUGCACCAGUCUCGGUUAUGGGACAUCAUGCGCAAAUCUAGAUGCCCGCGGCAACAUUUCCUAUGCAUUCAACAGUUACUAUCAGCAGAACAACCAACUUGAUACUGCCUGCAUGUUUCCCAACCUUUCGGUUGUCACUACUAGCGAUCCAUCAACUGGAAAUUGCAAAUUUAAAAUCAUGAUCCAGUCAUUUAGUUCAGGUGUGAGUUCAGGUGUGACGGGUAGGAUUGGGCUUCUCUAUAAACAUUUUAGCAUGCUCAUCUUUAUGUCGUUAUUGAUAGUUUCUGUGACUUUUGGUGCUUGAUAUAAAAUUUAAAUAUAUACUCCGUGUGAUUUUAUUUUUGCAA